AAUGAUAAGAUUUUUCGAUUAUAAUAUAGGUAAAAUUAUAAAACCGGUGGUCGAAUUUGCGUGAUCAGUGUCAGAUUACAAGUUAUUCUUACAUUCUACUUAUCUAAAUUCUAAUGAAUAUCAAUGAGUAAUUUAAUCAAUACACUUAAGAAAUAUAAAAUUAUGAGACAAAUGGAACUGAUGUACCUACCGGUUUCGCAGACCGAAUAAUAUGGUCGUUUUUAACAAGGUGCGCCGGUUCAACAUAAACAAAACUUAUCUGCACUAAUGACAACCGGGUUCGUUCUAAUUUAAGUCUUAUUUCAGAUAAAUUGAAAAGUAUCAUUCAGUUCAAAAUGGUUAAAGUACGAGCCCCAUCGUUUAUAGUUCGUCGUUUUUGUGUGUUUAUCAUUUUGGGUAUCACGGGUUAUUCAAUUUUUCAAAUGACUCGUAAAAAUCCAUACUAUGACAUGUCGGACCGGACAGUUAUGCUAAAACAGAUUGAACAAGAAAUUAUAAAUUCAGCACCAGAAGUGGGCAUUAAAAAUACAAAAGAUGAUAACUACGUAGCAUGCCAACGACCUAUUUUGGAUCCAUUUGAUCCGAUAAUGAUGAGUUUUGUGAAGCUUGAGCCACCCUUGGUAUGUGAUUCAGAAGAAGAUUGGGUUGUUGUAAAAGGCAGUGUUGCACGUAUCACCGAAAAAGCGCGUGAAAAAUAUGGAGACAUUCAGUGCAAGUUUUUUGAUGUUUUGAGAUCUAAUGAAUUCUCCACGUCAACGGGUGUUAUAACAACAACCCAUACAGAGUACAAUUUGGAGACAACCGACUUUUUUAGAGUAUAUUGUGAAUCAGAAAAUGGCCAAACGAGUUGGGAGAGCCGAAUGGCAGGAAUUCGUUUUGACGAAGAUGUCAUGAAUCGAGCUGGAUGGGAUCGUGUACCCAAAGAUGGCCUAAAUUUAAACGUUUUAAUGAUUGGUCUUGAUUCAAUGUCUCAUAUGAUGGUCCAAAGAAAACUUCCAAAGUUGUACGCUAAACUGAAGUCUAUGGGCGCUCAUGUGUUGGAAAGUUAUAAUAUUGUUGGCGAUGGAACUCCGCAAGCAUUGAUACCUAUACUUACAGGAAGAACUGAAUUAGAAUUGCCAGAUACAAGAAAGCGUAUGGGGAAUAAAGCAUCUUACGUAGAUGUGUAUCCUUUUAUAUGGAAGCUGUUCAAAAAAUAUGGAUAUGUCACAGGUUAUGCUGAAGACGUCUCUGAUGUUGGAGUAUUUACCUAUAGACUCAAAGGAUUUAAUGAACAACCCACCGAUCACUACAUGCGAACGUAUUACGUAGAUGCAACACCUACUUUUAAAACACAAAAGCCGUUUUGUUAUGGUUCAAGGCCCAGACAUCAGAUUAUGCUUAAUUAUGUAAAAGACAUGUUUCGAGUGUAUGAAGACAAACCAAAAUUCAUGUUCGCCUUUCACGGUGAACUAUCUCAUGACUAUGCUAACAAAGUUGGAGUAGCUGAACAAGAUUUAAUUGAAUGGUUGCAGUGGUUUCAAAAGUCUGGCUAUUUGAAUAACACUAUGUUGGUGUUCAUGAGUGAUCAUGGACAAAGAUUUGCAUCUGUGCGUGAUACGCAGCAAGGUAAACUUGAAGAACGUAUGCCGUUCUUUUCAUUUGUACUGCCAAAAUGGUUUGCUCGCAAGUACCCAAGAAUGGCGGCAAACAUGCGAAAUAAUACUAAGCGGUUGACGUCACCAUUUGAUAUAUAUUCUACAUUAUUGAGCGUUUUACACAAAGAUGGAUUGAAAACUAAUGAUCUAAAUAAGCGCUCUAUUUCGCUGUUUGAUGAAAUACCAUUAGAUAGAACUUGCAAAGAUGCGUACAUCGAGCCUCAUUGGUGUGCUUGUCUUAAAUGGCAACCAAUUGACGUAAAUAAUGAAAUAGCCACUCAUGCAGCAGAACAUUUUAUUCAAUUUCUCAAUGAGUAUAAUGCGAAGUUUACAAGUCUCUGUUCUUCCAUUGAACUAGAAAAAAUUGAAUGGGCAACUAAAAUGGCACCCAACGAAGGUGUAAUGAAAUUUCAUCAAGCCGCCGAUAAGGACGGUUUUGUUCCGGACAUGUCAGCCAACACCAAAGUGACUAAAUUUUAUCUUCAGCUUAAAAUAAUAACGCGCCCCGGACACGCCGUAUUUGAAUUUUCGUGUCAUUACAACAGUGAAACUAACAAGAUUAUUCUUUAUGAAAAAGACAUAAGUCGAAUCAACAUGUAUGGAAAUCAACCUUGGUGCAUUUCUCAAACUCAACCUCAACUUAGUAAAUAUUGUUACUGCAAACAGCAACAAUAGAUAGAACUCCCUGUUCCUAUUCAAGUCAUUCAUUAUUAUUUUCGUGACAUUCUUGGUUGCGGUACCAAAACUCAUAAUUGUUAUUUAUUCAUUUGCAUGGUGAUUUAGUUAUUUGUUUAGGUUGGCAAAAUGUUUUUAAAUUUAGUAUUCUACUUUUAGCUAGGGUUUUAUAUUGUUAUCUAGCUCGCAAUCUGGUCAUUUGAAUCAGUAUAGUCAUAAUUAAGACUGUUCAUUAGCUUAUUAUAUUAAUACCAUGUAGUUUUACUUUAAAUUAAAAAUUAUCAGUAUCAAUCAAAUCUGUUUAUUUUAGUGCCAAUAAUUUUGUAAUAUUUAAGUUCAUUGCUUUUAGUGUCGUAACUUUAGACGUCAGUAUUGAGAUAAGUAUUUGAUUGUCAAUCGAUAAGGCUAAAUGUAUUGGCUAGAUAGCUAAGUUAUCUCUAUUUAUUAACCGAUUAUAAAUUAGGAAAUACUAUAACUAUUAUUAUUUAUAUUGAAAAUUUUAUAUUAUUUUAUUACAACCACCUCGUUGAAUGUAAUGUAUCCCAGAUCAACACCUCCUGUAUACCAGCCAUUUUAUGUAAUUGUUAUUGUAUUAAAUUGUGUCAUACAAUUUAGGAACAAAGAUAUUUCUUUUUAACAUCUUACUCUGUAUACACUUUAUAUAAUAUUAUUUAUAACAGUUAGUCAAGUGUAUUGUUGGUAGUCACAUGUACACAGUAUUAAAAAAUAAAAAAGGAAAAUAGUUAUGUAUUA